UGAGAAUACGCAACUAUGGCAAAGCUAAUCUUGUUAUUGGGAGCUGUACUUAUCGUAGAAGCUUCUUGUCAGCGUUAUAUUCUUCCUACAUACCGACCCCCGAGGACUCAGAGGCCUGUCAUAAGGACCGUUCGAGAAACAAAUGGCGAACCGUUGUGGUUAUACAACGGAAAUGAUGUACAACGAGCUCCAGCGACUGGAGACCAUCCAUACUUGCCACCUGUUAUAGACGACAUUCAUCUGGACCAAAACCAGCGAUAUGCCCGCAGCGUGGAUUCACCCAGUGCCAAGCGAGGAGGAGGCAGUCACAGGACUUCGAGUAGUAGCCGUAACACUGGGCCUACACACCCGGGGUACAACCGUCGCAACGCCAGAAAUGUACAUUUCUCAAAUCGUGAUUCAAGCUGGCCGCCCCAGCCUAGCCCGUACAACCCGUUCGGUCCAACUUCUGGUGACCGUGAAAGUAGCCGAGGUACUUUUAGCGACAGGAAGAUACGAGACGUCACCUUGCAGCAGGUGCUCAAGAAACCCACUCAUCGUGACGUUAUUAUCCCUAACUGGAACCCCAAUGCUCGUAUCAAGCCGUGGCAGACGAUCGGAGUUAGACAUAAUUAGACC